AUGAGGGAAAUCGUGCACAUCCAUGCCAACCAGUGUGGCAACCAGAUUGGUGCUAAAUUCUGGGAGGUGAUCAAUGCUGAACACGGCAUCGAUCCCACCAGCACCUACAAUACCUGUCAUGGUGACAGCAACCUGCAGCUGAAUCACAUCUCCGUUUAUUACAAUGAAGACACAGGCAGAAAGUAUGUUCCUCGUGUGAUCUUGGUGGAUUUAGAACCUGGGACCAUGGACUCUGUUUACUCACGUCCUUUUGGCCAGAUUUUCAGACCAGACAACUUUGCUUUUGGUCAGUCUGAGGCAGGCAACAACUGGGCCAAGGGCCACCAUACACAGGGGGCCGAGCUGGUUGACUCGGUCCUGGACGUGGUGCGGAAGGAGACUGAGAGCUGUGGCUGCCUGCAGGGCUUCCAGCUGACCCAUUCACUGGGUGGGGGCACAGACUCUGGAAUGGGCACCUUGCUCAUCAGCACGAUCUGUGAAGAGUAUCCUGACCACAUCAUGAACACCUUCAGUUUGGUACCCUCACCCAAAGCAUCCGACACUGUGGUUGAGUCCUGCAAUGCCACCCUCUCUGUCCAUCAGUUGUUAGAGAUUACUGAUGAAACCUACUACAUUGAUAAUGAGGCCCUCUACGACAUCUGUUGA